AUGGAGAAAAUUCUCCAAAUUCAUCCGGCUUCGAUAAACAAUCUCUCAUGGACAAGAGCGGAUGCAGUCAGAGGGUUCUAUGGGCUUGAGUCCGUACGAAAUUUUGGGGGAAAAAACACCAAGUAUAUAUAUGUCAAACCACAAUUCAACACCCAGUCUCUCCAUCUCUGCCAAACCAACAACUCAUCUCUUCUCUUAAGUACUUUCGUCUCCGACUCCAUCAUCAGUGACCGGUUCAGAAAUCAGAUCGGUUGGAUUCCACAAGGCCACCUCCUGCUCUCUCUUCUUGAACUUAGAGCGGGAAAAAUAACCAGUCUUGCUCCAAUUGAGCUUUCAAAUGUUGGAUCUUGUGUCUUUCUGAGUGCAUUUGAAGAAGCUGAGCUCCCCAGGUUGAAGGAAGAGAAACCAGGACUUACUCACAAUCAAUACAAGGACAUGAUAUGGAAGCUAUGGAAGAAGUCUCCCGAUAAUCCUCUUAAUCAGGUUGCUGCUGAGUGAUCUCUGAGCAUGUUCAGUUGUUCACUUUCCAAUGGCGGGUAGGCUUCUCCUAAGCUUAUUUUGUUGAUUUCAUUAUGUCAUCUCGCUUGCAUAUUUUGUUUUAUAUGCAUAUAUUGUUUAUACUAUAGGUAAAUGAUAUGCCUGUAUAAUAAAGCAAUGAAUCUCUUAUCUUUUAGCCUUUGUGAAGAAGUGUUUUGGCAUACAGCACAUAAACAAAUUUUGUCUUCACUAAAUUUUGUUUUUGACUCCUAAGUAUCAAGACGCCAAAUUUAUUCACAGAAGAACUUGAUUCUCUGAAAUAAGUUCUUGUAGUUUAACUCUGUUAAUUUUUGGUUGACCACCUUAGGUCCAUAAUUUUUUUCCAACCUUGUUUUCUGUAUGUGUGGACGCGUGUCAUAUUUUCUCAACGGGAACCUUGUAUGCUAUGAAGCACGGAUAUGGACACGAGUGUCCGUAUUGAACACAAUACGAUAU